CCAGCUGCUGGGGCAGGAGGGGCUUUCCGGUCAGCGGCCUGGGGUGGCUUGGUUUUGAAUUUCCGCUCUGCGGGCCACGUCCUGUACACAGCCUCUCGGCCGUCACGUCUGCACACGUGCGUGGCUGCUGAGAAUGGGGGUCACUUCCAUUGACUGUCACCUCUGUGUAUCUUUUCUAUUGUGCGGGUAGAUAAGUGCCGGACGGGGGAGUGGUGAGCUUUCUGGCUGGGACUGGCCAUGCAGCCUUCGUGGGCUCAGUCCCACCGCAUGGAUGUCCCUGCACCUAGCUAACAGCGGUAUAACCUGCCCUCGUAGGAAACUGCAAAUGCUGUGGCUGCCUUUUGCAGGGUCCUCCAGGGUUUAGCCUGGCCAUCCCUGCGGUCCCCACUGGGCCUGCUGCCCACUCUCACCUGGGCCUCUGGCUCCCUAUUCCCUUCUCACUCCUUCUGGGGUUUUCUCUGUUGUUCAUUGGCUGUCUCCCUGUUUCUCUGUCUGGCUGGUUGGCCAUCUCUGCCUCUCACCUCCCUGGUUGCCUCUCUCUCUCUGUCUCCCCAUCUGAAUGUCUAUCCACCUCUCUGUGUGUCAGUUUUCCUGUUUGGGUACCUCUAUAUCCGUCUGCAUUUCUCUAUCUCCCUGUGCCUGCCUGUCUGUCUUUCUGUCUGGAUCAGUACGCACACACAUAUACCAUAUGGAUGUGCUUCCUGUCCUUCCUCUUUCCCUGUCUCUCUCCUCCCUCCCUCUGCCUCUCUGCUUCUGCCUGACAGUGGAUAGUGCCUCUCCUGCAGGCCGACCUUGCCUUCAGCUGCCCCCACCAGGGUCUCCAGUGAGUCCUCAGCUGCCUCGGGCCCCUGCUCCUGCUUUCCUUGGGGCUAGAAGUCCGGCUGUCCAAAUAUUUGGCUGCCUCCAGGGGAUUCCGGGUCAGGAGGGAGGACGAUGGGCUGGCUGGCCCGGGGUCUCCCCUGCCCCUGGGGGGCCACAGGCACGUGAUGUCCUGUCCUUUGCCUCAGCUGGGGCUCGGGCUGCACGUCCGUCUCAGCAGGCUGGCAGUGGGGGGAGGGGUCUGCUUCUGGCUCUGGCCCAGUCUGGAGCAGAGAGGCUCCAGCUGCAGCUCCCACUGGGGGAGCAAAGAAGGUCCUGGGCUGGGUGGGAGGGAAGGCCUAGGUGUCUGGGCCUAGGCCCAACUCUAAGCAUCUGUUGGGUGUCUAGAAAAUGUACCCUGUCACAGGAAAGUCCAACUUCCGGCCUCAGCUGGGCGCCUCAGAUCCUCCUAGACACUUCCGGAUGCCCAGAACACAGAAGCACAGACCCCAGACACCAGGGCCAGGGAGCUAGACUAGGAGGGAUUGGUGCUGCUGAUACCUCCAUGUUCUGAGCCAUCUUCCUUUCUCUGGAUGUGCUACUUCCUGCAUACCACCCACCUCAGUGCCCACCAGGUGUUGGCCACUUACCCAGUAUUGUUGGAAGGAGUAGUGGAUGGGGUACUGGAUCUACAGAGGUCAAAAUCUGGAGAAGGGGCUAGGGGUGUAUGGGGCUGUAGUACUCUCCCAUGUUCAGAACACCCUUCCACAUGCCCUUUCUCUAGUCGCCUGACCCCAGCAAUCAUCUCCCUACCAAUCCCUGGGGCUGUGCCCUUGAGAACAUAUAAUUCAAACAUGUCCAUUGAGUCUACUUUCCUUGUUGACUGAUAGCUUGUUCUAGGAUGGUGUUUUCCCUCUGAAGCCUGGAGAACCAGGUGGACAAAAGGGUACCAUGAUAGGAGGGUUACCUUGUCUCAGCCAAGGAGGGGAAUAAGGAUGGGUGAGCUGGAAGCGGAGGCAGCCCUCAUCCCUGAGUAACCACAGUGGACCCUCAGACCAGACCAGCUGCCUCUACCCUGAGACGUGGGCUGAGGUUAGGCCUUCCCAUGCAUCAGAUACCUGGGGGCCAUGGCAGCAAGUUCUAUGGGGUCUGUGGCUCCACUAAGCAUAUGUGGUCACAGGGCUGAGGGAAGGACAGUGUGGAUGCCUCCCUGUAGCUAGCCUGCUACUGCAGACCCACUUAUGUCCCUGAGCAUUGAGGAGGAAAGCAGGACUCAAGUCCUUGGUGGCUCCAAGGACCUUGAUCAUGAGACAGAGAGGUAUGUGUCCCACAGCAGCUGAUGCAAGCAGUGGCCUUGCAGUGGCCUGGAUUCCUGGGCCUCAAAAUCUUUAAUUACCAAACUCAACACCUUUCGAAGUGUGUCUGACAAAUUCUCACCCUGUGAUGCCUGCGUGGGCGAGCAUUACCUGCUGUACUAUCCCUGUGGCUCCUGGCCUCUCCUGGCCCUUAUCUCCUAGCAGAGCAAACAGGCCCCGGGGCAGUGGCCUAGGCCAUCGAUUUCCUGCCCAAGUCCAUGCUGCACCCAUGACAGAUGCCAUUCUGACGAUCUGCCCAAGGUUGCAGUGAUCUCUCUACCCUGGAGCCUGACCCCUUCCUGGGAGCCCAUGGCAUGGUCUGGAACAAAGGCCCUGGGGAGGCUCCUCACUCUGUCCCCAGGUUUGCCAGACCUCACGGGACCUCUGGAGGACAAGAGGACACCGAGGUCCUGAGUGAGGAAUACUCUGCCCAUGGUCAUCAGUGAGGCAGGACCAGGCUGGGACUCAGACUUGGAGUGUCUGCUCUGGGCUUUCCCAACAGGAUGUCCUGGAGAACUCAGUUAUCUGAGCUCUACUCCCCCAAAAGGAGGUCCCAGGGAGGCAGCAGGCACAGCUGCAUACACACAAUUCUGUGUCGGUGUGGAACUAGCGCUCCUGGUGGUGGCCCCUGACCAUGGAGGCACCCCUGCAGACGGAAAUGGUGGAGCUGGUGCCCAAUGGCAAACACUCGGAGGGGCUGCUCCCAGCCCCCACCCCGAUGGCAGGCCACCAGAGUUUGAGGGGAAGACCUCAUUUGGGAUGUCGGUGUUCAAUCUCAGCAACGCCAUCAUGGGCAGCGGCAUCCUGGGGCUCGCCUACGCCAUGGCCAACACGGGCAUUAUCCUUUUCCUGUUCCUGCUGACAGCUGUCGCCCUGCUCUCCAGCUACUCCAUCCACCUGCUACUCAAGUCCUCAGGGAUCGUGGGCAUCCGUGCUUAUGAGCAGCUGGGCUACCGUGCCUUUGGGACCCCAGGAAAGCUGGCCGCGGCCCUGGCCAUCACGCUGCAGAAUAUUGGAGCCAUGUCCAGCUACCUGUACAUCAUCAAGUCUGAGCUGCCUCUUGUCAUACAGACCUUCCUGAACCUGGAGGAGCAAACCUCGGACUGGUACAUGAACGGGAACUACCUGGUGAUCAUAGUUUCUAUCACUGUCAUUCUGCCUCUGGCACUGAUGCGGCAGCUUGGCUACCUGGGUUACUCCAGCGGCUUCUCUCUCAGUUGCAUGGUGUUCUUCCUAAUCGCAGUCAUCUACAAAAAGUUCCACGUGCCCUGCCCACUGCCCCUCAACUUUGCCAAUAUCACAGGCAACGUCAGCCUCAUAGAGGUCACCAAGGAGGAGGCGCAGCUGCAGGUUGAGACAGAGGCCACAGCCCUCUGCACCCCAAGCUACUUCACACUCAACUCACAGACGGCAUAUACCAUUCCCAUCAUGGCCUUCGCCUUCGUCUGCCAUCCGGAGGUGCUGCCCAUCUACACAGAGCUCAAGGAUCCCUCCAAGAAGAAGAUGCAGCAUAUCUCCAACUUGUCCAUCGCUGUUAUGUACGUCAUGUACUUCCUGGCUGCCCUCUUCGGCUACCUCACCUUCUACGAUGGGGUGGAGUCGGAGCUUCUGCACACCUACAGCAAGGUGGACCCAUUUGAUGUGCUGAUCCUCUGUGUGCGUGUGGCCGUGCUGACAGCAGUCACGCUCACUGUGCCAAUCGUUCUGUUUCCGGUGCGCCGAGCCAUCCAACAGAUGCUGUUUAAGAACCAGGAGUUCAAUUGGCUGCGGCACACGCUCAUUGCCAUUGGCCUGCUCACUUGUAUCAACCUGCUGGUUAUCUUCGCUCCCAAUAUCCUGGGCAUCUUCGGGGUCAUCGGUGCCACGUCUGCCCCAUGCCUCAUCUUCAUCUUCCCUGCCAUCUUCUAUUUCCGCAUCAUGCCCACCGAGAAGGAACCUGCAAAGUCUACCCCCAAAAUCUUGGCCCUUUGUUUCGCUGUGCUUGGCCUCUUGCUGAUGACCAUGAGUUUGAGCUUCAUUAUCAUUGACUGGGUGUCAGGGACUGACCGGCAUGGAGGAAGCCACUAGGAGGAGACACCCAUCCUGUUCUGUCUACUCGUCCAAGUACCCCCAGAGUCUUCAGCCCUUGCUCCUGGAUCCAGCCAAGGGGGAAGAGAAAGACAUGGUUAACACUAUGGCAUUUGGCCCUGCCUCACAUCCUCUCUGUAGAAGGUUUAUGUUAGAGCCAGGACCAAGGCCCUUGGACCAUUACCUUGCUGGGCUCCUGGGCUACAGGGGCUUCCAGAGCUGAGAGCAGGGUGGGACUGUAUGCUUGCUCCCUUCCUCUUGCCUCAGAUCCCACCCAAGUCUCUAUCCUCCUUGCACAGAUGCAUACACUGAGGCCCUGCAGCUGCCUCCUGAGGUCACACAGCCUGUAGGGCACAUAGAGCUGGAACCCACGCCUGCAGCAAUCUCCCCACCUUGCUGCUGGCCCAUGGCCUGCACCCUGGGGCCUCAUCUCCCUCAGUGCACUUUCCUUCCCCCACUUCUUUCCCCGAGGCCCCUUUCAGUCACUUGGACUCAGGCCUUGGAUACUCUUGUCUCGAUCUCCCAUCCCUGUCACCAGAAGCAAUCCACCCCCCAUACCUAGAGCCAGCAGGUUCUUUUGAGUGUGAGGCUGGUGUGGGCACCUCCAAGGGACCCCUACCCUGCUGCUUCACCAGUCCUGGGGAGGCUGGGACUCCCCCAUCCCCACCCCAAGCCUGGGCCAUAGCUCACAUUCCACUUCUGGGAGAAGAAAGAGGCUGGGGCCCAGAGUGUCUCUGCCCCUGGGAGCCAAAGACCCCAGGGGCUGGUCUGGGGCAGGAGUGGAGAGGCGGUGGGCCCCCUUUUAUAAAUAUUAUACAUAAGACCA